AUGAGACCGGCACUGAUAGCUGCUGCAUGCGCCGCGAUCGGUAGCGUCACAGGCCAGCAACAAUUACUCGGUCAAGAAUCACAAACGACUAAACCGCCGAAUAUAGUCUUCAUCUUGACCGACGAUCAAGAUGUUCACCUCCAAUCGCUUGAUUAUAUGCCCUUGGUGCGAAAAAACCUGCUGGAAAAAGGAACUUACUAUGAUAAACACUAUUGCACGACUGCAGUGUGCUGUCCAGCCAGAGUUACUCUUUUUACUGGUAAAGCUGCACACAACACCAACAUCACUGAUGUCAAUCCACCAUAUGGCGGCUAUCCCAAAUUCGUCAAGCAAGGUUUCAAUUCGAAAUAUCUGCCUGUCUGGUUGCAGGAAGCCGGGUACAAUGUUUACUAUACUGGCAAGCUUUUCAAUGCUCAUAAUGUGGACAACUACGAUUCACCUUAUCCUGCUGGAUUCACAAGUUCAGACUUCCUUCUCGAUCCGUUUACAUACAACUAUCUCAACAGCUCUUUCCAACGCAACCAAGAACCACCCGUAAGCCACGAGGGCGAAUACGUCACUGAUGUGAUGGCUCAAAAAGCUUAUGGCCUUCUCGAUGAAGCUGUAGAAGCAAAGAAGCCUUUUUUCCUUAUGGUUGCGCCAAGUUCACCUCAUGCCGAUAUCCAGAACAACAGCGGUUCACUUACCUUUGAUGCCCCAGUAUCAGCUCCUCGCCACCGGGAUCUAUUCAAACACGUCAAAGUACCAAGAACAGUAAACUUCAAUCCAAACGUACCUUCGGGUGCCAAUUGGAUACGAGCACUCGAUCAACAAAAUACCACAAAUGUAGACUGGAACGAUCACUUCUACCGCCAGCGACUUCGCUCCCUCCAAGCCGUCGACGAGAUGGUAGAUGGACUUUUCGAGCGGCUAAAAUCACACGACUUACUCGACAACACAUACAUCUUCUACAGCAGUGACAACGGCUUCCAUAUAGGCCAACACCGAAUGCAACCAGGAAAAUCCACCGGCUGCGAAGAAGACAUCAACAUCCCCCUCAUCGUCCGUGGCCCGAACGUCCCGAUCAACGAGACCACUCAAUUAGUCUCCAGCCACACAGACAUUGCAGCGACCAUCUUCUCCAUCGCCAACAUUCCCCUCCGUGACGAUUUUGACGGCUUGCCAAUCCCUCUCACUGCACCUGCCAUCGAAUCAGCAAUUUCCAAACGUCGCGAACACGUUCAGGUCGAAUACUGGGGAUUCGCUGGUGGUGAAGGGAUUUACGACCGCCGUUUACACAUCAACAAUACAUUCAAAGGUAUCAGAAUCGUUGGGGAAGGGUAUAACCUGUACUAUCAGAUUUGGUGUACAAACGAGCAUGAGCUUUACGACAUGUCCAAAGAUCCAGGACAGAUGAAGAAUUUGCUGUUAGAUGAUAGUAGGGUAGAUGUUGUGGCAGGUCAUCCGAUUGAGAGAGUGGUGGAGAGAUUGGACGCAUUGCUCAUGGUGCAGAAAUCUUGCACGGGCGAAGUCUGCAGAGAACCGUGGAGAUCUCUGCAUCCCGAUGGAAAAGUGAUGACUUUAGAGGAUGCGAUGGCUAGUAGAUACGACAAGUUCUACGAAAAGCAAGUCAAGGUAGAGUGGGAUUUCUGUCACAAUGGCUAUGUGCCCGAGGCCGAAGGACCAAUGUUUGAGGAUCGAGGUGUAGAGUUUAGAGACGAUGGAUUCAUGUGGCCGGAUUGGGUUUGA